UAAAGCAGGUGAGAUAGAUAGAUAGAGACACAGGACAUAUGCGGGGAAGGAGAAAGAGAAACAGAUGAUCUAUGUUUCCUCGACUCGACACAUCCAAACACAAACACACUUUUCAAAACCCUUCCAUUCCAUUAUCCAUAUAUAUUCUUUUACAAAUUAAACACUCCAUAACAUAACCCAUUGCCAUAUCUCUUCGAAUGGUGCUUAAGAAGCUGAUAAUAGGAGGACAAGAAGAGGACUCCAACACCACCAAACUGGGAAUGCAAUUGGGAAGGACUUUAGGAGAAGGAAAUUUCGGAAAAGUUAAAUUCGCUAAGAAGUUAGAUUCUGGUCAACCUUUUGCUGUCAAGAUUCUUAAGAAGAACAAGAUUAUCGACCUUAAAAUCACUGAUCAGAUAAAGAGAGAGAUUGCCACCUUGAAGCUCCUCAAACAUCCAAACGUUGUCAGAUUACAUGAGGUGUUGGCAAGCAAGAGCAAGAUAUAUAUGGUCUUAGAAUACGUUACUGGUGGAGAGUUGUUUGAUAGAAUUGCAUCUAAGGGAAAACUUCCUGAAGCUGAAGGAAGGAAGAUCUUCCAGCAGCUAAUUGACGGCGUCAGUUACUGUCACAACAAAGGCGUUUUCCACAGGGAUCUCAAGUUAGAGAAUGUUCUUGUUGACUCGAAGGGGAAUAUAAAGAUAUCUGAUUUUGGCCUCAGUGCUCUUCCACAGCAUUUCAGGGAUGAUGGGUUACUGCAUACAACCUGUGGAAGUCCAAACUAUGUUGCACCAGAGGUUCUUGCCAAUAGAGGAUAUGAUGGUGCUACUUCGGAUAUAUGGUCAUGCGGCGUUAUCUUGUAUGUAAUUCUCAGCGGAUACCUCCCUUUUGAUGAUCGAAACCUUGCUGUUCUAUAUCAGAAGAUUUUCAAGGGAGAUACCAAGAUACCAAAAUGGUUAUCACCUGGAGCUGAAAGCAUGUUAAGAGGGAUUCUUGAACCAAACCCUAUUAAGCGAAUGACAAUGGCAGAUAUCAAAGCGGACGAAUGGUUCAAACAGGAUUAUACUACAGCAGAUCCGUAUGAUGAUGAAGAUGAAGAUAUAUUUAUUGACAAUGAAGCCUUCUCAAUGCAAGAAAUGUCAUCGGAUGCAGACAAGAGUCCAGGCUCACCCACCCCCAUCAAUGCUUUCCAAUUAAUUGGAAUGUCCUCAUGCUUAGACCUCUCUGGUUUCUUUGAGAAAGAGGAUGUUUCUGAGCGAAAAAUCAGAUUUACAUCCAGUCGAUCUGCCAAAGAUUUGCUUGAGAGGAUUGAGAAUACUGUAACAGAGAUGGGAUUUAGAGUACAGAAGAAAAAUGGAAAGUUGAAGGCUACACAGGAGCACAAGGCACAGAAAAACUUGGGUAGUCUUUCAGUUGCAGCAGAGGUAUUUGAGAUCAGUCCAUCCUUGUUUGUAGUUGAGUUAAGAAAAUCAUUUGGAGACACAUCCGCUUACAGACAGUUAUGCGAAAGGCUAUCAAGUGAUUUAGGACACCCUCCAAGCCAAGAGUUGCUGACCACAUAACUUAGCACUGUGGAUACUUGUUCAAACUUAAAGCAACAUCAAGGGAUCUAAGUCUGCAAGCCAAGAUUUGGUGACAACAUACUGAGCAAUGGUCCUAUAUAUACAUCAGGGGAUCUAAGCCUGACGGUGAAUGAUAAAAAUUGGGUUGGAAAUUGGGUGAAAGUUUUUAACCUGUUUUGAAGUGUCUCAAAGUAAAAAAGUAGAUGCUUUAAAAUAUUCAAAGCGCAUAUAGGUACAGUCUCAUGAAGUAAACAAAUCACAAGCAUCAUAUAUGUUUAUGCUAGUUAGUGAUAAAACCCUGGAAAAUAAUAAAUUUCAUAUAUGACUGAAUUGAGAAUUAUAUUGAGAUUUCAACUUA